UACUGCAAAAAUACCCGAGUCCACUAUUUUUUUAAACAGACAGUAGUAACAAAACUGCACAACUUGACGCAACUAUCUGCAUUUUAUAUCUAUGUUACAGAUGAAAACGAACAGAACUUAAAAUUUACGGAAAAAACUAAAAAGGUAUAAAUUAUAUUUGUUAUCAUUAUUUUGUAUUGCUUAGUUGCAAAUAGCGUAUCAGUAUCAUUUCAUGUUUCAAGAUACUGAUAAAAACAAGAAAAUAUCGAAUAUUACCAUCUAAAUUCUGUUUUUAAUGUUGUAGGUAAAAGGUGUGUUUACAAACACCGACAGUCUUGUAAAUCAAUUGACUAAAGAUCAGCGUCUCCUUGAACGUACAGAUGAUAAUGUUGCCAUAAGUAUUUAUAAUCAAUCUACAUCACAUACAACGUUGCUAAUCGUCGAACAGCAAAAAAACACUCAAAAUGCUAAAUUCUUAUAUUUUCAAAUGUUCAUCGAAGUUUUAUUAAACAGACUGCCGUACGCUAAUGAAAAAUCUAAACAAGAAUUAAUCGAAAUUUGGAAGCAGAAACAUUCUGAGGAUAGCAAAGGAUUUCAGGAGUUUCAACGUGAUUAUCGGUCGGAAAAAGCAAUUUACUGGUAUACAAGACCAACGUUCUUAUGUGAAACCAUAAAUGCAGUACUUCGAGGCAACGAUAUUGAUAUUUUAUUAGCAAUGCGUUCAUUUGUCAUCGAUCUAUAUGAGCAACUCACAGAAUUACAUCGAAAACAGUUUGGCAAUAUACAAAGCUCUAUUUUUCGAGUUUACCGUGGACAGUCACUGCCUAUUUCUGAUCUUGAUCUAAUUCGUAACAGUAUUGGUGGAUUCAUAUCGUUUAAUAGUUUUCUAUCCACAAGCAUCGAUAUUGAUUUGGCCUUAGGAUUUGCAGCUGCAAGUAAAACAGCAGCUGACUUAACGCAUUGUUUAUUACAAAUUGAUAUUGAUCCAAGGAUAACAAGCAUUGCAUUUGCAUCGAUAAAAGAUGAAAGCUAUUAUGAAGAUGAAAAUGAAGUAUUAAUUAAUUUAGGAUCAAUCUAUCGUGUCGAAAUCGUUGAAUAUGACCAACUGCGAGAAUUAUGGAUAAUUACGAUAACAUUGACUGAUCUCGAUAAUUAUGAUUUAAAAGGUCUACUAGAACAUAUGAAGAAAUCAGUAGGAAAGGGUAUCACCGCUCUUGCCUGGCUAAUGUAUAACCAAGGUGACCAGCAAAGAUCUAUGAAAUAUUAUCAAGCAGCCUUAAAUGAUUCAACAGCAAGUGAUAUGGAUAGAGCUCUAUGCAAUCGCGGACUAGGACUAAUUGCUGGUGAAAAGAAAGAAUUUGACAAACAAAUACUCUAUCGAACGAACGAAAGAGAAUUAUUCAAGAAGCUAGGUCCUCUCGAGUAUUUUAUUGAUAUUGGUCAAGCACAAACGGCUAUUGGAGAAGCCUAUGUUUUUAAGAGAGAAUUUGAAAAGGCGUUUAAUUAUCUUUUAGCAUCGCUCCUUCUACUUCCUGUUAAUGAUUUUGGACGAGCAAAUGUCUUCAUGGUAAUAGCUAAUUUAUAUGAUGAGAAAGGUGAAUUUGAAUUAGCACUUCAAUUCUAUAUGGAAGUACUUAAGAUUUAUCGACAGCACUUAGAUGAAAAUGACUUUAAUUUUGGAAGACUGUACAGUGAUAUUGGAUUAACGUAUGGAAAAGUCCGCGAUUUUCAAUCGCAAUUAAAGUAUUAUCAUAAAGCACGUGAAAUAUUUCUCAAAUCUUCACACCCGGAUCAUCAACAAAUAGCUAACAUGGAUGAUAAUAUUCAGCGUGCAAUAAUACAACAAAAAUUCUUCGAAACGUGC